AAAGAAGAAAAGGCGGAGCUCGGCGGCACCUUACGUUACAUGGCCGUCGAAUAAUAAUUAAAAAAGAUGCCAAAAGUUUUCAUCCGGCCAAACUCAGGAUGAAUGGAACAAGUUACGCCAACUUUGACAACCAGGAACACGUCUUGAAAUUGGGGGAGACAUUCGAGAAGCACCCCAAAAGUGCCUACCACACUGUGCGAUAUGAUUUCAAACCAGCUUCGAUUGACACGGCCUGUGAAGGGGAUCUGGAAGUUGGCAAAGGAGAGCAAGUCACUAUCACUUUACCCAAUUUAGAGGGUUCCAGCGCCCCAGUGACAGUUUUUAAGGGCUCCAAGCGCUCAUACAUGAAGGAAUGCAUCCUCAUUGUCAACCACGACACCGGCGAGUACAGACUGGAGAAGCUCAGCAGCAAUAUUGCAGUCAAGAAGACCCGGGCCGAGGGCAGCAGUAAGAUUCAUUCCCGCAUGGAGCAACAGACCAGUCGUCUGGGCCAACAGAUGAAGAGCAACAGUAGCAGUAGCGGUAGCAGCGGAGGUGGAAGCAAGAGCUUGGCAGGAUCCAAAAGUUCUCCGCCCAAAGGGAAGACGUCGCCCACAUCGCCCCUGGACGACAUCGAGAAAGAGCUGAUGGCGGAGGCUCGCGUCAUGGACCAGAUGAGCAGUGCCAGCUCCUCCAACAGCUCCUCUUCCUCCAGCAGCGAUGACAGCUCCAGCAGCAGUGACUCAGAGGAUGAGCGGGCCGGUGGCACCGGCACCGCCGUGCCCCCGACUGCAGCGGUUGCCCAGAACAACCACAGCAUGCCCGUCCUGACCACCAACAGCCGCCAGCAGGAGGGAGGAGGGGGAGGAGGCGGCGGCGGAGGAGGGCUCAUGAACACACUCAAAAACGACCUGCAGUUAAGCGAAUCGGGCAGCGAAAGCGACUGACCAAUCACCAGCCAGGACGUCCGCUGUUUCCAUUUCUUUCCUUUCCAUCUUGAUCAGUUCUCUUUGUUUUGUAAUGCAAGCAGCAAUCUGUUCAGGGCACUCCUGCAUUUUGUUUUGUCUUUACAUGCCUGCCAGUCAAGUCUUAAAGCACUCACUGCGGUGAUUCAACAUUUCAGCUUGGCAUUAUGGGUAAUUUACAAGAUGUGCCUUACAUGGCUGCAUGUCGUACAAAACCUUUUUUUUUUUUUUUUUUUAACCGCUGCCUCUGCUUCUUCGUUCACUCAUUUCAUGUCAAUAUUCAGCCGCGGACCAAACUAUUCACUCAAUUCAUCAUUCAAGCUAAAUUAUGCUGUGUUAGCGACAUGGCUCAGGGUAUCCCCAAAAUAUUGUUCUUAAACAGGACCUGAACUUCCAAACUCGAUCACAGAAACAUCAUUGCCAAAACAAUGACCUAAACUCUUUCUAAAUACAAAAUGUGCAUCAUGAGAAACAUUACGAGGUAAAGAGAAAUGAAUGAUAAAGUUGAGUUGAUCAAUACAAAUAACAUUCGGUAAAAAUGGAACCACGAUCCGUUUUUGGUCCCAAUGCCAAGUUUUGGGAAAUCCCGUUGCUAACAUUGCUAGCGCAUUUAGUUGUCGGUGUUGAUACUUGACUCUGUGGCUAGUAGCUAACAUUGCUAUAUAUCACGUUGACACUACAGCCGGUUACCUCCAUGUCUUUUUAGCCAGCUGCUAGUGUGUCGCCGAUGUAGCUACUUUUCUAUGUGGCUACUUGCUACCGAUGAUGUUGUACCCAGCUAGCUGAUAGUGUAGUCAUGACCCUCCAUUGGGUGGUGCCAAAGUUAAGCACUUAUCUACCUGUAGCUUGCAGUGCAUUUUUUUUUAAUUGGUCUUGACCAGGUCAGUGGUGCCUCGUAGCUUUAAACCUGCAAUACUUGAAUCCAAAUCAUUAAUUUAUUUCUCCAAGCGGUGAAUGCCUGGCCUCAGAAUAAUAUAUGUGAUGUAGUUUUAGUAGUCGACAGUUUCACCAAUCGGAAACCUGUUGGCACCGCUGAGCUCCGCCUUUUUUUUUUCUCGCUUGGGUCUUUUGAAUUGAACUGGUCUUGUUUGUAAAAGGAGAAAUAAAAUACUUUAAUUGGG